CAUCUUGCUUUUUCAAAUUUCCACAUCCGCGGUGGUGUCAGAAUCAAUUUUUUAAUCAUCCAUCGAAAAUUUUCACCUCUAUAGUCAGCGCAAUCCACCGUAAGUGCACCGCGUUAAGUUUUUCCUAAUUUUAACUCGAUAAUCCGCAUCGAAAGUGUCCGCAAGUGUCGUCGUUAGCUUGCUCGUCGUGUCGCGGUUCCGGAAAGUGCAAAUUUGCAAGAAGUUUUCCCGUCAGCUGUGUAGAAAACACCAAAAACGUUCAGCGGGAUCCACCCACACCCCUCGAAAGGGACCGAAGAAAAACCUAGCAGCUACCGUUUGUUGGAUUUUAGAGGUCAUCGCUUAAACCUUUCAUCAUAGGGCUAUCAGAGACGGCCGUAAUGGACAUCAUGGCUUCCAAUCUCCAGCAGCAGCGGGCCAUCACCGAGCAGUUGCGGCGGGAGGCGGCCAUCCAGCGUAUCCCGGUCACCUCGGCCGUGGCCGAGAUCGUCAAGUACGUGACCGAGCACGAAACCGAGGACUGCCUGCUGGUUGGAUUCUCCAGCCAGAAGGUCAACCCCUUCCGGGAGAAGAGCUCCUGCCAGAUUCUGUAAAGUGUCUUACAUCUGUGCGUAAAGUUGUGUGAAUCUCAAAAUCCAAAAGCAUAAAUCCAAGCGAAACCGGAGGGGAGUUCCAGCAUCAAGCAGAAACGAUGACAUAGGAAGUACUCAUCAAUGGCACUCGAGGUAGGUAAUUGAUGUGGGAAAUUUUGAUGGAGGAUGCACAACUUGACUUCAACUCGUUUAUCUGUGUCAGUAAUUUAUAUGGAUGUUUUAGAGGACAGCAAAACUACAAAAAAUACCAAACAAAAUAUAGCGAAACUAACAAAAACAAGAAAGGUAACUUCUCUAGGUAGAACUCGCUUUGUGUCGUAACCGGAGAUAUCUCUGGGUAAUCAUUAUCUCGUGAAAAAGUACAUACAGGAAAUAAUCUAGCUUCUAAUUGUUAGAAGGGAAUCUUUACAAUCUCGUGUCUAAACAUAGGAACUACGCCCGCCACCUGAAAAAAACUCAAUACAAAACUAUUACAAUAAUGAAACCAGUAAGCAUAUUAGAAGAGCUCAUAUCAAUAAUACAAUUGAAAGAGAGGACGUAAAAAUCCUGCUUGUUACCUACCUACUACAGUGAAAACAACUACCCCUUUGAACCCCAUAUUGGAAAUAAACUUUGCGGGCGUUUUGACCGACAGCCAAAUGAGAAGCCGGAGGAAUUUUAGUAUUCGAAAUCGCAAUAUACGCGGAACUAACUUGAACAAAAAAUUACAACAAAAAUAUACUGCAUACACGCACUAUUUAUUGAAUGUUACACACUCUGCUCGGUAGGGGAAAUUUUAUAGAAAAGCUUCGCGAACGAUGAACGAUUCGUCGUUGCAGAUUUGUUUGGACGGAUUUAUGCGCAGUUUCUCGAAGGACAAAACUAAAGAAUGGUUGCAGCAAGCACUGUUUCCCGAAACACAAACUCACGGAUCAAUCAUUUUCGGAAGCGAUGAGAAAUAAAGCAUAACUAUAUAUUUAUGUAUUGUGUAAGAA